AUGAAAUCUCAUAAUAAUCUAUCAUCAAAGAUUGAUGAUUAAGCUGGCAAAUUAUCUGUACAAACAAAAGCACCACUUACUCAUCAAGUUAUAUAGUAAAAGCCUAGAUUUUAGUCAGCUUAAAAUUCUAAAGCUAAGACUCAUACAUUUGCAAAACCAGAUGGCAGAGGAUCCAUUAGAGAUAUUUCAGCAUCUAAAAAGCUUAUUCCUCAUUCAUUGCAGAAGCCUAUUACGAUAAACAAGGAAAAUGAGAAGAAAUUGAACAUAGAUAAAACUAAUUAAUCUAAAUAGCAUGCAUCAAAGGUGUAACCACUAAUGAUUGAUCCAUCCCAGAUUAUAGGGUAGCUUGUUAGUACAAAUAUAAAUCAUGCUUCUGCUGCUCACAAUUUCGCUGUUGAUGAAUAAAACCAUCAUAACUGCAAUUCAAAUCAAUAAUAGGAAAGGAAUACUGUCACUCCUAAUUAAGAAUAAACACCUCAAUAAAAGUAUGAUUAAAACGGAGAAAUUGCUAAGGAGGACUAUUAAAUCUAAUCAGAUGAGACUUUAAGCUGGCUUCUGUCAAGUGUUGACUAUGGCAAAUUUAAAAAAGAUAAGAUCAAAAGUAUCUUGAAGCAUCAUAAUAAUUCCGUUACUUAAAAUAGCAUCUUUGAAAAUCAGAACAAUAAUAAUCUUUUAGAAACUAUAGAUAAGAUCGAAAAGCUUUUUAACUUCUUCAGCUCCAAUGAUGACUUGGAGUUGAAGUCCAUCUUGAAGGAAGAGAUUGACAGAUUACUGAGGGAUGCUAAGUAUCAAAGCAGGUAAUUCUCUUAAGAACUUGCGAAUUCCUAAAAGCUCAACAAUGAAACUUUCGAUAAAUAGAGAAUAAUUAAUAUUGAAAAUCAUUGUACUACAGCAGCCUAGGAAAAUCCUUAAUUACUUUCAAGCUCUAUAAAUAACAUAGAAAUCAAGGAGUUCAGGACAGAGUUUAGGUCAAAGAAGAGAAAGAGAAGAGAGAUGUAUCAACUCAAUGAAGAGGAUUAAGAAUGGCUUAGCUUUAGCAGUCAGGAUGAUGAGGCUGGCCAUCAUUAACAUCAUAGAGUGAUGUUCUCUUGCACAGAGAAGAAGGUCAGUGUUGGCUAAAGCAAACUUGGGGAUAUUGAGGACUUGAAUAAUAUCAGAAGAAGCAUUGGUGGUAAAAUCAGAAUUCUUAACAAAGAUGAACAGUGA